AUGCGAAAUUGGGACACGGUGUUGUCGGGGAUUCCCAAAACCCCUGAAGCAUCAUUCCUCGAGCCACUAUUUCACAGACAGGUCAAGAAGGUCAAAGCUCUCUCGCAUGACAUCAACAUCUAUGAAAGAGCUCUUGAAGGUGCAGCUGCGCCUUCCGAAACCAGUGGGAAGGGGUCAAAAGGCAAAGGGAAGAAGAAGGACCGCAAGAAGAAGAAAGAUCGCAAGUCUUCUCGCUCUAGCUCCAAGGGUUCUAAGGGUAGCAGGAAUUCCAAGGGAAGUCAAGGCUCCAAGAACUCGAAGGGCUCAGGCAGAAAGAAGCCUUCAGGCGGUAUCCCUGCUGCUGUAUGUCUCCUCAGUGCUCUUGUUGCUGGUUCGGCCACCCAAGCCGAUGCUUUCUCCCUCCGGAAGGAGUGGACGGACCAGAUGACCAAUUGCACGUAUCCCUAUAGUCUGGCGCUACCAGCGGUAAAUUUCAGCUCUGAAGUCGAUUACAUUAACAUUCCUGUUAGUGAUCCCAACGCGAGGUUCACUCCAAUAUCGCCCACCAACCGUAAGCAUCGAGGUGAAAAGCCUUUGGAUUUUGUCCCAGAAAUCAGAGCAGACUCCAUCCGAGAGGCACAGAUGUCAGCGAAGAUGCUGAAAGCUUCCAUCUCUACCAAGGACGACGUUCCGGCCUGCCGCUGGGAGUGUGAUUCGGAGAUUGGAUGUAAUCACUGUAUCCCAAAGGGUCUUAGAAUGUCGUGCCCUGCUAAGACAAAAGGGUCCUCCAAGAUGCUUAACCUUGAAUGGAUUGGCGACACCGGGAGUGCACAGGACCUAAUCGCAGAGAGGGAUCUCCAGCAUUUGAAGGCUUAUGAGUCUGAACAGCCAAUCAACAUCAUGACCGCGAACGGUCCCAGCUCCGCCGACAAGCAAUGUGAUGUCGACGUUCCGUCGAUUGCUAUUUCUGCCAAGCCUUAUGUGCUGCCCGACACUCCUUCAGUCCUCUCCAUAGGACAGCGUUGCAUGGAGCAAGGUUUCGACUUCAUUUGGAGAGCAUGUACUCGCCCUUACUUGAAGACCCCUGAGGGUGAAAGGGUUUUCCUUGAUGUUCGAGAUAAUGUGCCUUUCCUCAAAUCGUGGAAGGAGGGCACUGCUUGCCCUGCGCGUGAAUCUAAAUCCGAUGAGAUUCAGCCUGUUGCCAGAGGUGAAAUGCCUGAUCGCAGCUCUGAAGAGAUUGCUUUGCAGCUUCUGGAGAAGCACGACUUCUCGGAGCGAUCAUGCGUUGAUCUCUUGCGCACCGUCAACUUCGGAGCAGGUAGGAGUAGAAGAAAAGCAUUAGGAGAGAAGCACGGCAGUAGCAAAGAGAAGUACGUGAUACUUGGUGCUUUUGCACAUGGAGGGUUUCAUGGGGUAACCAAGAGAACUGGACGCCAUGUUAACACUAUCAAGUAUCUCAUCGCAUUUCUUCGCAAGAGAGGCGCGGAGUUGGAGAGCUGUUCCUCACUCUGCAUCAACCAGAACUCGCCCAUCAAGGUCCAUAAGGAUGUAAACAAUCAUAAAGACCAUCUCAACGUUACGAUUGCCGUGGGAGAGUUUUCCAAUGGUCCGAAGGUGCGGCACGGGUGCGAGCCAUUCUUGAUGGUUCUCGCCCUGCUCCGCCCUCUGACGAGGAUUGACGUUUGGGUUGGUCCGAAAGCCCAGCGCAAGGGUAGAGACAGAUUCGAGCCUACCAGUGAGCCUGCGAUCUUUAUGGGAUACAAGUUCCAACCUGGUAUGAAAUGGCGCAAGGAGGUCUUUGCAAUUCAUCUCAAGCAGCUGAACAAGCAUGAUUUCCACGAGUGCCUGAAGCCAGUUAUUGCAUCGCAGCACAAGCUCACUGAUGGUAAGAUCGUUUUUCCCAUGCGUGAGAGGUAUGAAAGGGUUCAAGCAGGUCUCGCAUCAGAUGCCACUGAAGGACCUGUCAGUCAAUCGCUCACCAAUCAGGACGCUGAAGCUGCAGAUGAGCAACUGCCUGCACCCGCAGACCGAGAGGUCGAGCCGCCCAAGAAGGUACUUGAUCCUAAGACAGGGAAAGAAAUUGAUCUUCCUGAAGGGGGUCGGUACUAUGAUUCGGGGGGUACUCUUGGUAGAAAGUAUGGAGGCACUAGAGGUUCUAAGAAGCCCGAAUCCAUUCCCUCAUACCUUUGGGUCAACAUGUCCAAGAAACAGAAGGAGAAGGCCAUUGUUGAUGAGGCACGCGAACAAGCAUUGCGUGAUAUGGAAACUCCUACCGAGGGUUCAGCCGGUAGCUCCUCUGCCGCCGCCGCAGCACCUGCUGCGAGCAAGGACCACUGGGAGGUCCGACUGAACGAGUGUAAGCUAAUACGCUAUCAUUAUGUUCCCAGAAGAGAAAUGUUCUCGCCGGACAUCACCGAUUGUCCGAUCGAACUAUCGCGCAUCUCUAAGCAACGGAGUACAACUAUCAUUCCCGUAGGUGGUGUUGACGUCAUCCACGAGGAUGAUGAUUGGAAGAAUGUUAGGAAGCGGAACAAAAAAACUAGUUUCAAGUGGAUCGGCAAGACUGAGUUCAUCUUGGGUAGAAUCCACAGUCCCGCUCCUGACGGAGAUGGUAAGGAUGCAUUCCCUGCCAUGCCUACUGUACCUCAUGAGCCCGAGCAUCGUGAAAAGAUUUCCAGCAACCUUCCUGUCUCAGAGGACGAGGUACGAGAGCUUUUUGCUCUUGUCGCAAGGCCUGUUGGUCGCAGAGAAAUCCUCGAGGACCCGAAGGCCCAGGCUGCCCUUGAUGUUGAAUGGAACAAAUUAAUGGUUAAGAAAGCCUGGGAUAUGGGAUCUGUUCGGGAGUGGAAAGACGUCAGUGAUGAAGCCAUCAAAAAGGGGAAAAAGGUUCAUGUUGGAAAAGUUUUUGAGAUCUGCGUAGAAAAGGGAAGUGAGCUUCCCAAAGGCGACCCACAACGAAAAUUCAAGGGUCGAACUGUGUUCCAAGGGAACAACGUCAAAGAUGAGAAUAGUGAUCAGGCUCUUUUCAGUGAGCUCGGAUCCAGUCCUGCCACGAUGGAGGCUGGGAAGGCACUUGAUGCCUAUGGGCAUGCACCAGGCUGCCGCCUGAUCGAUGGCCUCCAGCGUGGAAGGGAAAGUACAAAGAUCCUGUCGUGCGGCUGA